UUGGUUGGUUGUUUGUUUGUUGGUUGGUUAAUAAUUGAGAGUCUGUAUCCUACUUGUCGUUGAUUUACAGAAUGCCAAAUCUUAAUUGGUGAAUUUGUGAUUGGCGAUUAACCGAAUUAAUAAAAGUAGAAAAGUAAGUUGGACUGUCUUUAGCAAUACUGUGUUAAGGACUGGACUGUAACAGGAGGCUAUGGAGAAACCAUGCAUCUUAGCCACCACGCUAGGAGAAAAUGGGGGCAUCGAUCGGCGUUUUGCGCCUUGUAUUGAGAAACACUUCACUAUAGUCCCAUAUGAGAAAUUUGUUUCGAGGAAAGAGGACUUCGCUGACAAAAUCCAGGCUCUGUUUGUUUGGAAUGCAACAAUAAAUGUUGAUCGUAAUCUGUUACAGUCCUUACCUAACCUCAAAGUUGUAGUAAACGGUGGGGUUGGAGUAGACCAUCUUGAUAUUUCUCUUAUCAAUAGCUUUAGAGUCAAAGUUUGCAACACUCCUCAUGUGGUGGACAAUGCCACUGCAGAUAUUGGCAUGGGUUUACUGUUAGCGUCUGCACGAAAGAUUGUUGAGGGACACAUUUUUAGUAGGUUUCGGGAAUCUGAUGAUUUGACAACGAUAUCCUUGGGCACUGACGUUAGUGGAGCCACCCUUGGCAUAGUUGGGAUGGGUAAAAUUGGAUACAAAGUAGCUAGGAGAGCUCAAGGGUUUGAGAUGAAAAUCCUUUACCACAAUAGGAAUCGAAGGACAGAGAGUGAAGAAAGAGCAGUUGGGGCCACAUAUUGUGAAAGUAUGGAAGAGUUGUUGCGGAGGUCAGACUUUGUCAUGGUGGUAGUCGAUCUAAACCCUCAGACACACAAGCUGAUUGGUGCCAAAGAGCUUGCAUUGAUGAAACCCAGCGCAACCCUUAUCAACAUUAGCAGAGGUUUGGUUGUGGACCAAGAUGCUUUAGUGGAUGCUCUGCAAAAGAAAGUGAUACGAGCCGCAGCAUUAGAUGUUACUUAUCCUGAGCCACUGCCCAGGGACCAUCCCCUGCUGUCCUUCCCAAAUGUCAUCGUCCUGCCCCACUUUGGAACCCACACUAUGGAAACGACACAGGUUAUGGUGGAGAGGAUGGUGACCAAUGCCUUGGCUGUUCUCAAUGGAGACCAGCUUCCUGACGAAGUCAAGGCAUAGCGCCAAGAUCACAGAGCCAUCUGUCCAUUCUUUCUUUACAGCAAAAGAAAAACCGAUUUUAUUUUAUCAUUAUAAAACUGAAAAAAAAGUUUGUGAGUAUUCUGUGCAUGAUAUUAUAUAUUUAAAGUUGGUGGUUUGUAAAACUGAGCAGUAGUUUAUAUUUCUCACUGUUACAUUUCUUAGUAAAAUCAUAAAAUGUAUACUGAUCCUGCUAUGAAAAAAUACUCUAAAAAUAAACUUAACCCUUCAGGAAAGAAAA